GAAAGAGAGAGAACCUGUUUCAAGACCUGUGGGGGCAUGAUGAUAUUGUUUUUCUGUGGUGGAGAGAUUACAUCUAGACCCAUCCCACACAACAUCUUCAGUUAAUAUGCUGUUCUCAUGGCACUGAGGAAGCUCUUGCAUCAGGACAAGAUGUCAAACAAAAGACGCUAACCUGCAGAUAACAAGCAGACUGCUGGCGUGCACCUAGCUGACGAACUGACCACAAGCAAGGAGAGAAGCUUUCACCUCAAGUCUGACUUGCCUCAACUCACGCCAUCAUAGAGCAGGAUGUCAAGUGACAUUAGCGACACGACCACACCUACCUUUGACUAUGAUGUUCUGGAGGGCUUCACUCCAUGUGAGCGGCCCAGCUUGAACGGAUUCGCCCUGAUGAUCACGUACUUCAUCGUGUUUGUCCUGAGCCUGCUGGGCAACAGCGUGGUGGUGUUUGUCGUCUGCAGCAUGGUCAACCGCCGCUCCAACACCGACGUCUACCUGAUGCACCUGGCCGUGGCUGACCUCUUGUUCUCGCUCACCCUGCCCUUCUGGGCGGUCGCCCUCAACAGCGAGUGGAUCUUUGGCAACUUCAUGUGCAAGGUGCUCUCGGGCAUCCAGGACACCGCCUUCUACAGCUGCGUCUUCCUCCUGGCCUGCAUCAGCAUCGACCGCUACCUGGCCAUCGUCAAGGCCACGCAGGUGGUGUUGCGGCGCCGGCACCUGGUGCGGGUGGUGUGUGGCGUGGUGUGGCUGGCCGCCGUGAUCCUCGCCCUGCCCAUGGUGGUGCAGCGCGAGGCCUUCACGCCAGCGGGCCACCACACCGUGGUGUGCUUUGAGAACGUGACGGCCGAGAGCAUGGACGACUGGCGCACGGGCAUGCGGGUGGUGCGCCACACGCUGGGCUUCUUCCUGCCGCUGCUCGUCAUGACCGUUUGCUACGGCUGCACCACCUGCACGCUCUUCCACGCCCGCAACGGCCAGAAGCACAAGGCCAUGCGCGUCAUCCUCGCGGUGGUGCUGGCCUUCAUCGCCUGCUGGCUGCCCAUCAACGUCACCAACGUGGUGGACACACUCAUGCGCAGCCACAUCCUUGUCGAGAAGUGCGACCGGCAGAACCAGCUGGACUUUGCGCUCCAGGUCACCCAGGUCCUGGCAUUCCUGCACUGCGCCGUCAACCCCAUCCUCUACGCCUUCAUUGGGAAGAAGUUCCGCAAUCAGUUCCUCCACUCUCUCUACCAAAAGGGUCUGAUCGGAAAGGAUUCAGUGGCCAUGUUUAGGAAAGGCUCAGCUCAAAGCUCUUUGAGCUCCAGGGUCACUUCAAUCACAUUGUAAAAUGUGUGUAAGCAUUCCACAUACUGUAGGUGACAUUCAGUAAUGGUCUGUGAACUGAAGUGUGACAUCAGAUAUGUAUGACGUUCACAAUAUGUUUUGGUAUGCUGUAUAUAGCUUUAAAAUGAAAGUUCGGUGCCAAUUUCUUACCAGUCUGAAAUAUGUGCUUGCAUGUGUGCUGUCAUAUAAUGUUGUAGUAGUAUGCAGAUUCAAUGUUUCAGUGUAAAUUGUAAAAUUGUUUACAGAAUGGCAAGGACUGCUUUUUUGGGCUUAAUGUCAAAAUGCUACUGCACCCUCUCUGAAUGUAUGGUUAAUGUGCUCAGAUGUAAACUAAGGUUAAUUUUUUUCAUGAAUAAAGUAUAUAAAUG